CUUCUAUCUCCUUUCCACUUCCACUUCUUCUUCUUCUUCUUCUUCUUCUUCUUAAUAACCCCUCCUACUCCCGCCCUCGUCUUCCUAAAAUCUCUUCUCCCCCGCCCCCCAAAAUCUGUCUCCUUUCCUCCCAAGUCUGUCUCAUCGGAUUUUGGAAUAUUUUCCUCUUAUCCCGUUGCUUCCUGCCCUCGCGAUCGGCCAUUUUGUCUGCUCCGUUCUCGUCCCUCUUUCCACCUGGCGCCGCCAUGGACUCUCGAACCAUCACCACAGAGACUCCCGGGAAACGUCCCCGAUCGGGAUCCGGGGAUUUCCCCCCGAUUGCCUCGAAAAUCCCCAAAACCCAUUCGAAUCACUUGCAAAUCAAUUACCUCGCCCGCCAGUACCCCGAUAAUCUCCCGCUGGUUUCCGUCGAUGAUACCAUGCCCGCCAUCAUCCACCUGAUUGGGGAAUAUGACGGCGUGCUGCAUCGUCAUGAGAGCAUCGCUGGGAACUUGGGCGCAUGCCCCUUGGGCCCGAUUUUGAUCAAGCGCUUUGAGCGCCUGUUCGACGGCCCGCCGCGCGUUCUCAAGUCACAUGGCAAGGAUGGCCCCAACGUCACCUGGUUGGAUGUCGUGGAGUUUGCCAGGAGCAAGCCCGAGCAGUUCAAUUUGGAAAAGUCCCGUAAUGGCGUGCGGGUUUGUCAGUUCUACACCAAGCAAUGUCGCGUGGAAAUCAGCGAGGAGGACUACGUGCUCAUUGCCUCUGGGAUGCCCCAAAAGAUGAUUCCGCCCCAGCCGAUCAUUGAGGAUGAGGAGAAGGAAUUGGGCGCUCUGGAAAUACUGGAGAAGAACCUCCAGCAGAUUAUUCAGGUUGCGGAUCAAGUCUCGGCUCGAGCUCGACAGCUCAAUCAUCGUUUAAAGAACCGCAGAACCGCGAUUGUUUCUCGUCGGGAAAACGAUGUCAGUCUCCAUCCAUCCCGCCAACCGCAACAACACCAACCACCACAACCACAACAGCAGCAACAGCAGCAACAGCAGCAGCAGCAGCAGCAGCAGCAGCAACAACAACAACAACACCAACAACACCAACAACAACCACAAUCGCAACCGCAACUGCACUCUCAAACCCCACAACUUCACCAUCCCCAACCGCAAGCCCCCCAGCCUCAAACCCUACCGCAACAGCGUUCAAUUAGCCCUACCUGGCGCGACACUAAUGGCAGUGCUCACAAUACUCUGAACGGAAACGGCGCUAAUGUCCGUUCCCCUCCGUCAGGUUUUGUCGCAGUCAAUACUGCACGGGCUGGAGCGGAAGUUCCAUCAGAGGAGAAUGCGCUAUCGUCACAAUUCAUGUUCUCCCACUCCAACACCGAUAAUGUUACCAUCAUCAACGGGACUUCCAUUAAAGGCGCAUCCCCAACCACGCGAGCCGAGUUGAUGAAGAAAUUUUUUACAACACAAGACCGUCAUGUGCGCGGAUUCGAGGAAACACCUGGAUCAACCAACCGACAAUCCUCCCGUCCCCGACCCAGAGUCUCCGAUGCCGCCGAUUACAACAUGUUUACCCCCGCUCCUACGACGGUUGCGAUUCCCAAUACCCCAACCUCAUUGCUCCCACCCCCAAAGUCACACCAUCACGAGAAGGACGACGGAGGUCCCUUCAAGAUCGAAAUGGUCGCUCGCAUGGAGGAGCUGCAACGCGGUGAUCGCAUUCUGCCUCCCUGCGAUCGCUGUCGCCGUCUGCACAUGGACUGCCUGAAGAAUCUCACAGCCUGCAUGGGCUGCACCAAGAAGCACGCCAAGUGCUCCUGGAGGGACGUCAAGGAGGAGGAGCUACGGGAGUCCCAGCGGGUCGAGCGCGAGCACGCGGAGGACCCACCCUCAAAAGACACGUCGACGACCCCGACGGCUUCGGGCCCCGAGCAAACCCCUCUACCUGCCGCCCCAACACCCGCCCCAGUAUCGGCGGCCUCGGAAGCGGAUAAAGCACGUGACCAAGGCCGUGAGGGCCCGAUGGAGAUUAACGUGCGCAGGGAAUCCGCGCCGAUUGCCGGCCCUGCAUCCAGAACCCCAUUCGGAAAGGAGGUCUCGCCUCGCCGAGCCACCAGCGAGAUCCAAGGCAGCCACGCCUUCAGCCACGACAGACAUGAUCGACGGAUUGGCAUCAACCGUCAUGCGGAGCCUGCGGCCGACGAUGACGAUCCGGACGCCAACCAGCGACUGAUGCAGGCGAUUCUGGACACGAUGGACCAUCACCGGGAACAGGAACAUGAACAUGAGCGAGAGCGAGAGCAGGAAAGAGAAAGAGAGCGCAAAUUGGUAAAGGCAUGA